AUGUUGCCUUCCAUUGGGUUCUUCGCUGAAAUAGACUGUCCAUUUUUCAGACGUGACCUCUGUAAGCGACCCCACUGUCUGUACAAGCAUGUCAAAGACGAGCGAGGAAUGUUUGACAACACCCUGUAUGGAUCACCGGUAACAGCAGCAGCAGGUCAGUCUGCUUUUAUUGUAAUUUCUUUACAUACAAUUUCCCCAAAGUGUCUCUUCUUCAGCUUGCCUUUAGUUUUGCCAUAGUAGGUAUACUACUUAAUUGCCACAUGCCAUUCACAAGUGGAAAUUGGCAGUAGCACGUCAUCAAUUUAUAAAAUCAAUUUGCAACCUGAUUACUUAUUUUCAAUUCGGCCUAUAACCUAAUUGCAGUAAAGUGCAUCAACCUGCCCAGACCAUGUUGUAAAGAAUUAUGUAAGACAAAUUAGUUGGCUGCAUUUUUUUGACUUUGUUAAAAUAGUAUGUAGUAUAAGUGUAGCAAUUUACAUUAUUCGAUUGUUUGAUCUUCUUAAUGACAAAUUAGUUUUCUAUUGACUUUUUCUCCAUAAACAGGUGUUUGGAAAACUCAUUCCACUUCCAUCAAUGGAGCCCCACAGGUCAAUGAAGCCAAAGACACUUGCCUUUUGGAGUUGGAGAGGAUCAACAAAGAAAUCGAGACUGUGAAGAAUGAGGUUGAGAAGGAGCAAAGGAGAUUAUCCCGUUACCAAACUGUGCAGGUGGACAGUGAAAGAACAGGGUCCAAGAAAGUCUUGAUUGCCAAAUCUGAAACACCAGGUAAAGAUCUGAAUGGAAAUAGUGUAAAAUCUUUACACCGGCAGUCCACUACAGUCUAUUCUCCUGCCCGGAGGAAGUAUGUGGUUGACAACUCCAAACCGAGGACUGAUUUGGAAUACGACCCCUUGUCCAACUUCUCAGCUUCUUUGCGAUCUAGUGGUUGUUCUGAGUACAAACAAGGUAAUGAGCAGAAAGUGAGAGGUAGGCAAGGUGUGAAGAGGACUAGAGAGAAUGUUUGUAAGGAGGACCAAACUAAGCCACCUUCUCAAGAGCUCACUGCCUCACCGGCUAGUAGUAACAAGCUAGUUGAUGACUCUGAAGAAGAAGAAGGGGUCCUCAUCAUUGAUAUUCCACCUCUGGAGAGCGACAGAAAGAAGAGUCGGGCUCAGAAGCCCUGUAAGACCACCACAAACCAAUCACAGGAAAUCAAAGAGGAAGUCCACCCUAUUCCUGUUCCUACUGUGGCUCAUGCGCCACUUACUAUUCCACUUCCUGUGUCCACUCCUGGUCCUGAAGUAGUCAAAGUCAUAUCCCCACCUGCAGUGUCUGAGAUUGUGAAAGAUGAUAACCUUAACACUUAUGGCCUAUCUAGUGUUUCUGCUAGUCAGGAAAAUGAAGGUGAACCCAGUGCUGUGAGUGUAUUCGAUGACUUGUCCAAAUGCUUGGAAAACCUGAGGAGUGAAAGUGAGAGAAUAGUUUGUUACCAAGAGGCUGAGGCCACUGCGGAAAGCAACGGUGGCACAGAACCUGUAUCAUCUUUACAGACACGUCACCAUAAUGAUCCAGUUGUUAAGACUGAUGUCAACUUACUGAUGGCAGAGCCUGUAUUGCUUGAACGUGAGCUUGCUUCCAACUGUGUUGAGAACAGUAACCAUCUUCAACCCAAUGAAGUCUUAUAUGAACAUGUAUCUUCACUACCUCAUCAUGUUUUAGUCCCUCCCUCUGUCUCCUCCCCCCAUAAACACCCCAUUGAGACCCAGAGAAGUGAGCAGCCAGCAGCACAGAGCUCUGCUCAGAGUUACUGGUCACCUGUACAAAGUGUAUCAUCAGUGCCAUGUCUUCAGAAAAUCCCAGGCCAAACUCCAGGGCCAGGGCUUGAUUUUGCCCUUCCUAGUCCAGUUCCGGUAGCAAACUUUGUAGAGCAAGCGGCCACUACCGCGGGUAUCACCCAAUGCCAGCUGUUAUAUGGGCCAACUACGUCAGGGACUAAUGGAGUAGAAUUACAAUCUGCUUCUUUUGAACAGCCUACCGUGGAAGCAAUGAAUGAACAAGUUGUUAUUGAUUCAAGUUCUGAGGAGCUUGAGUAUUCUGAGUUAUCUGAUAGUGACACAAUGGAGGAAUGCUAUCGCAUCUUCAUGGAGGAAGCCAACAAGGGUGACGAGGGAUCCACAGACCAGGCUAGUACACUUGUAAGUGCACACACACACACACACACUGGGUGGGAUAGUUGGACAGUUCAAUGGAGAUAGGAAAAUGUUGUCGUUGUGUGUUUUAGGUAGGAGCUGUGGAUGUGGAGACACCAGGGUUAGCAGUGAAACCCAAACCGUUGCCAGGACCCAGGAAGAGGGUGGCCCAUGUGUCCAGAUAUACUGAGGUACACUAUUGAAGACUCCAACUCAAGCACAUGAUAUACUUUUUACUGUGAUUCAUGAAACUGUUCUUAUUGUAAUUGACUGCCUUCCUGUCCUAUAGCCGCCAGUGGGCAAAAGCAAAGCCCAGGUGAUAGUUCCUUUCCGAGGAGGAGUCCCCCAGUUGUCCAACCCCUCUAAGAUCCAGCAGCUGCAGCAGAGGGCCUCCGUGUUGUCCGCUGCUCUAAAAGGAGGCCAGGCGUUCAUCUCCUCCAACUCACAGAGAAAAAUGGUGACGCUGGCUUCUCCUGCUCAUCAGGCCAGUCAUCAUGCCACCCAUCAUCCAGUUCAAUACCUCAUUCACCAGCCAACUCAUCACCAUACUACUAUGCAAAAUUGUAAGUAAGAGUCCAUAACUGUAAUGUGUAAACGAUGCUUUUGUAUGUGUGAGGAAUGUACCAAUCACUGCAAUUUGAGUUGGAAAUGAUAAAGUACAACAGGGUGAUGUUUCUCUUGGGAUGAAAACACACACUUCCAGUCAGUUGGCAUGUAUAUCCUGUUGUACAUAUUUUUUGUCUGUGUUAUGCAUCAAAAGAUUUCAUCUAUAUUAAAUGCAUCUAAUUUCCAUCCGUACAUGAUACCAAGUCAUUGGUUAAAUAUUUUCCCUGCUAGCCUAUGUGAACAUCAUACCUGUGGGAACAGCCAUCCAGGUGGGCAACAACCUGCACUUCAUCCUCCCAGAGGGAAGCUACACUCUGCCCAUCACUUCAGCUAAUUGUCCAGUCACCCCAGUCCAAACCCCAGUCCAUACCCCAGUUACCCCUGUUCCUGUACAACCUCAGCCUACUGCCUAUAUCCCUGCUAAGGUGAGGACCAACAUAAUGUAAAGGUGGAAUGAAAUGGCUUUAGUGAUUUUUCUUUAUAUUGACACAGUAAGACUUUACUGAGCAGAUUAUUUUCAUAUUGGUUUUCUAAAAAACUGCAUGGCAAGGUAAUUUGUAUUGUGUUUCUCCUCAAGUAAAAAAACAAUCAUUAUUUUGAUUUUGUCCUCCCAGCCCAUUCCUACCAAACGUAAAGCCAAGACGCGUCCUGAGGUCGGCGCCAAAGUCCCACAUGACGUACGGCAGCGCUAUGUAAACCUGUUUGUAGAGGAAUUCCUCAAAACAUCUGUCACUGUACAAGAUGCUUUUGAAAAGGUAUGUACCAGAGCAGUCAACAUUAUUUUAUCCAUGAUUAUAUUAAAUGUGAAUUGUCAUACAUGUUGUUUCCAUUACUUAUUGUUUCAGUGUUUUAUGUUGGAAGCUGUGACAGUGUGAUUAAACUUUAGGCACUUGCUGAGGAGAAGACUGUGUAUGAUCGCAGCAUCAACAAACUCAAGUAUCUGAGUGUUGCCGUGAACGCACUGAAGAGGCUGAAGAACCAGAGCACAGUCUUUGUCAAAGGUGGGAAUCUACAGCGACUGAGGGACUGUAUCCUAAAUUGCUUUUUGAUUACUUGCAAUAGUAUGAUAUUAUAUUGUUAAAUAUCUUCUGUAGUCUAUAUAAAGUGUUAGAACAAAGAUGUGAACAAAGGACAUGUUGACAUUUUGGGCUUUGCAACUCAAGUUUAAUUGUUUCUUGUCUUGACAAGGUAAUGGUUGUCUUUAUUAGCUGAAAUUUGUCUGCUCUUUUGCAGCUGGAAAUGAAACCAAUGUCCAGAUGUCCAGAGGAAAUAUUCCACUCAAUGAAAAAGCACUUUGGGCAAAUGGUAUCAAGCGUCCCUCAACACACAUUUUUAUUAAGGGAUACGAUUUUUUCCCAAGUUCUUAUGCUAUGUGUCAUAUCAUCUUUACUGCUUUUCUGACACUUCCAUUACUAAUUUAGCUUUCCUAUUCAUUUUCUGCUGAAGGAGAUGCUGCAUUGUAUGACAGUUUGAAGGAGCACAUUCUGUCAGAGGAGAUAUUGACGGAGAACAACUAUCCUCUUCAGCACCCAGAAAAAUCAGGCAGUGCCAUACUGUACCGUGAAGACUAUAAGAAGGGAAUCACUGAUCGUGAGUACAGUAUGAAGAACUGCAUUGUUCAGGUGUAUAUUGCUGACCGACUGCAAAAAUUGACCUCUUGGAAUGUGACAUAUUUAGUCAUAAGCAUGUAUUUUACGUGCUUGGCAUAAGCAAUACAUCCAAUAUGCCAGGGUAAUUCAAAUCCUACCCUGGAGGUCCAUAAUACUGUUGGUUUUCUGUUGUACCUGAUAAUUAAUUGUGCCCACCUGGUGUCCCAGGUCUAAAUCAGUCCCUGAUUAGAGGGGAACAUUGAAAGAAAGCAGUGGCACUGGCUUCGAUGGUCCAUAUUUUAAUUUGAGGGCAAUUGGCUGUGGUAUGUCAUUUCCCUAGGACUGGUCUACCUCGGGUAUUGUAGUCAACAUGGGCCUGUUCAUGCUCUAUUUUUCAUUCCCCAUUCCAGAAGAGGGCGUACUUCAGCUUUUAUCAGGUCUUUGCAUUCAGGGCUCUGUUUAACUCCUGAAUUGGCAACUUGUGUUUGUUUUGUUUCUGGGGGAGAAAAGCUUUGAAGAGGAUUUGCUGUCGUUGUGGGGCAACUUACUCUGUGAACCAAGCGGGAAAGCACACUCGCAAGGAGGAGUGCAACUACCACUAUGGGAAAGGAGUUGAGAAGAAGGGUGAGAGGACAUUAUGGUAUGUUCUACAUGUCUCAAAACAGAUAUUUAAUUAUGUUUCCGUAACUUGCUAUUACUGUACAGUUCCAGGUGGAGUGGAAACACGCUAUAGCUGCUGUGAGGGUGUGGCUGGAUGCCCUGGAUGCCAAGUUUUCAAGGUAAGAAGAUGAAUGGAGCAUUACACUUAUUUUCCAUAAUACCCUUCAAAGAUGUCAUGAAACAUUUUGUAUCGCUCACAUAUGUUUUCCCCCUCAGUUGCAUGUCCAUGAUGCAGUUCGCUUGGAUGGCUUUGUCAGUACCCUUCCUAGGCCUGCCUCUGACAAGAUCUGCCCGGGUGUGUUCUCAAUCGACUGUGAAAUGGUGAGAUUCAACAGUAACAUUCUGGAAUUCAUAGGCAACAUUUUGCAUGACAUGCCAAUUAAGGUUGGGCCGGUGUGUUUUGGAUAUCAAUGUCCACACUGCCACACUAGUGAUCUGGUAAAGGUUUUAUUGUAUGGCUAAUAAAUUCAGAUUUUUUUCAGUGCUACACCACUCAAGGUCUGGAGCUGGCCAGAGUGACUGUUGUCAACUCCAGUUUGCAGGUCAUCUAUGACACCUUUGUGAAACCUGAUAAUGAAGUCAUUGACUACAACACCAGGUAAGGCCACACAACACUCCAGAAUUAAUAUUGAAUCUCGACAGACUGCUUUAUUUAAUCCAGUAUUUAGACGAGGAUGCAAGGAAGUCCUUAAUGCUCUCUGCUCCUCCAGGUUUUCAGGCAUCAAUGAAGCUGAUGUGAAAGGAACAAGCUCGUCCCUACGUGAUGUUCAGGAGACUCUACUGAGCUUUGUCAGUGCAGAGACUAUACUGAUCGGCUACGGCUUGGAAACUGACCUCUGUGCACUGAAGGUGAGUUGAGCUGCAUUAUUUGAUAACUAUUUAUUAGUGAAUGGACACUAUGGAAAGUCUAUCAGUAGAAUUUCUUUCGAAACAAUAUCGGUACAACAAAUAAAACUACUGUAGAAUAAAACGAUAUUACUACUGCCAAUGACAAUCUCCUUUGAGCAUGCGUUUUAGUCCAGGACUAGGCCUAAUCUGUGUCUGGGGAAACUGGCCCAUAAAGUUUGUCCCCUGCCUGUCUCAGCUGCUCCACGGCACCGUGGUGGACACCUCUGUGUCGUUCCCCCACCGCCUGGGCCUGCCUCAUAAGAUGACCCUUCACAACCUGACAGCAGACUACCUGAGGAGGAUCAUCCAGGAGAGUGGUGGGUCAAACACAAACAAGUCUCUGGCAAUGGGGAGGAUGUCCAUCUACUGUGUCAUUAAAGUUUUGUACCGUCAAACUGAUCAUGGUGAAAUCAGGGAAAGAUGUUGCAUGAAUGUUUUUAAUGAAAAGUAUUUCACAAUCCCAACUCUGUCCAGUCACUGCUUACACUUAAAUGUGUUCUUAGAACACUAAUCAAAAAAGGAACAUUGCAGUAGAGAUGGAAAAUCUGAGAGAUCAUAUUUUGUGUUGUGUAGUAGGCUACAGUCAUAAAACGUGUAUCCACUAAUGUGAGAAUCAUUCCUAAUCCAAGGCUUUCAGAUACAUGUAAGAUAUACAGGCCUACAUUAGUCUUGCAGUAACAGUGUGUAUGGCAUUGUUCCUGUCUCUUCCAGUGGGUGGCCAUGACUCGGCAGAGGAUGCUGCUGCCUGUAUGGAGCUCAUGCUGUGGAAGGUCAAAGAAGAUGGCAAAACUAAACGAUGGUGA